AUGGAGAUCUGGAACGCUCAGUAUGCGCAUGCCAGGCGAUCAGGAAAGCUUGGCAUCACCGCAGAGGUGGUCUUGCGGAGAGGGAGACGGGAGCGGCUUUAUGGCCCAGUUCAGGGAGGGCGUCAGGCUCAGAGGGUUGUGGAAGAAGUUGUCGAGCAGAGGGUGGCUGAGGUGUCGAGCAGCCAGCUCGGGCCCUGCCUCAUUCGUCUUCUUUUUCACCCUUCUCCCCUGCAGGUUUCAGCCCGCCAAGGCUGCACGAGCGGACGCUUCACCUCCCUUGGGGACUGCUGUGACCCUUGCCCCCCGGGCUAUGGGGUGGCCGUCCCGUGCGGCAGCUCCAACACGGUGUGCGAGCCCUGCAGAGAGAAUGGGACGUUCUCCUCCAGCAGCAGCGCCACGGAGCCGUGCCAGCCGUGCUCACGGUGCCCGGUGGCAGAGGCGUGUACCCCCACCCGUGACACUGUGUGCGCCCCCCAGUGCCCCCCCGGCCACUACCUGCACGCGGAAAACGGGACCAGCAGCCAGUGCUUGCCUUGCCAAGUGUGCGGACCGGGCUACGGGGCAGCGACGCCGUGCGGGCCUACGAACAACACCAUCUGCCAAAAAUGCCCGGAGGGCUUUUACUCGGAGGAGAAGAGUGACUCGGCGCCGUGCCUGCCCUGCCGGCUGGAGUGCCACAAGGACGAGGUGAUGAUCCGGGCCUGCAGCCCCGUGUCGGACACGCUGUGCAUGGACAGAGAGCUGCAGAUCCUGAAGCGCACGGAUGGGGACCCCCGCAAGGAGCACCCCAAGAAGCCUCCGCUGUCUGAGUCAGAGGGCAGCGCCUCCCCCAAUAACUCCUCCGAGUUCCUCCCGCCGCUGCCAGACAACAGCAAGAACAUCAUCCCUGUCUACUGCUCUAUCCUGGCCGCGGUGGUGGUGGGGCUUCUGGCCUACGUGGCUUUCAAAUGCUGGAACACCUGCAAGCAGAAGAAACAGCUGGCCAAAGCCAGGGCUGGGGAGCUGGGGGCCUCCCCCGAGGGCGAAAAGCUGCACAGCGACAGUGGCGUCUUCCUCGACACGCACAGCCUGCAGGAGCACCACCCGCUCAGCAAGGCGCACAGGGCCGAGCCCCGGCUGUAUAGCGCCCUGCCACCCCACAAGCAGGAGGAGGUGGAGCAGCUGCUGGAGAGCUCCAGCCACGGCAAGGACUGGCGCUGCCUGGCCAGCCAGCUGGGCUACGAGGAAGAGGCCAUCGACACCUUCAGCCGGGGCGAAGCCCCCGCCCACACCCUCCUCUCCGACUGGGCCGCCAAAGAGGGGGCCACGCUGGAGGCCCUGUGCGCAGCCCUGGCCGGCAUCGAGCGGCCGGACGUGGUGGAGAACUUGACCGGCCCAGCUGAGGCCAGCUCGGUGGUGUAAUGGCACGGGCAAGCCAGCAGGGGGUCGCGCACCCCGCGAGAACGGGACUCGCUAGGAGUUUUAAAUGGCAACAAAAAAAGAAAAGGGGGGAGGGGAACAAAUUUUGUUAAUGAUAAGGGAACUUAAAAAAAAAAAGGCAACAAAACAAACAAAAAAGCCACAGAGCAGCGGCCUUUGGCAGGACAAGGUGCAGCACCAUGAUGUGACUGGCGCAUGAGCCCACCGUCUCCUACUGGUGGCGACCGGGCCUGCGGGUGCCCCGCGCCGUCCCCUACCGGCGGCGACCGGGCCUGCGGGUGCCACGCGCGGUGUCAGCAGGGGAGCUAUGCCUUAAUACUAGGGCAGGUUCUUUAGCGCCAAUGGACGAGACCUGGGAUUCUGGAGCCGAAGGCUCUGGGUCCUCUCCCCGCUUGACCAUGGGCUUGGGAGAGAGCCAGCCCCUGAGGUGAGUUGGUGGGUGACGCCCUACUGCCUGGCAGGGAGAGUGGCUGGCAUGGCUGGAGAGGGAGGAGCGUUUGGGGGGACGGGUUCUCUGCCCCUUUGACUCCGUCCCCGUGCCCGCCCUGUCUGGGGAUCCCGGCUGGCUUUGUCGUGUGGUUUCCUUCCGUCACGUGGCCAUUGUAACCCAUGGGGAUUAACCAUGGGCUUUCCCCUUCCCUGUGCGCCCUCUGGAAGAGCCCUCAGCCAUACGGGAGCCUGUGGACCCUGACCUGCCAGGGCCAAGCCAUUCACCCUCCCCAGGUGGACUCCGGUCCCCCAGGCCAGGGGGUGAAGGGACCAAUCACCGGGCACGGGCGUAGGGCACUGCUGUCUAACCCAUUCUAUCGCUGGAGCCCCCACCCUCCUCUGUCACCCCUCCAGCCUAGGCCCGGCACCACCCCCAGCCAGCACCUCCCCCCACAACUCACUGCACCAUCCCCAAACCGUGUCUGCCUCCACCCCCCACUACGCGCAGAGAAACACCUGUGCCAGGCAGGGACUGAAUUGGGGCCCUCCUGGCUCCAAGGAACCGUCCCUGACUCAGCGUUUUCUCCCCACGGGCUGGUUUGUUUGGGGGUGGGAGUCAGUUUUCAGACUGUACCCCCCCCUUGCAGCCAGUCCCCUCCCCCUCAGCUAACACUCCCCUCCCCAUCCUCUCUCUCCAUGGCUAGGGCUUGCUCACUAAGGACGGUUCCCAGAAUCCUUUAGGGUGCCGCCCUAGGGCUGGGGCCUCAUGGACGUUGCCUGUAGCCCUUGUAGGGGUUCGGCCCUUUGCCCUUGGGCCCAGUUGCUGGCGGGGAUUGGUCCAGUGUCAUAUGGGGACUUCCAAGUGACCGAGCAACCCCCCCUUCAGCCAGAGAGGGAACGAGGGUGGGGGAACCAGCCAGCCGCUCGUUUGGCCCUGCUGCCCCCCUACAGUACUGCUGGUGACUUCCCCCCCCCCCCCCGACACACCCACACGGGAUUCAGGCCCCCCGAUGCUGGGAAGCGCUGGCUGAGCCUGGUGCUAGGCACAGGGACGUUGCAGUUCGGCAUUUCCCCCAAGGUGCCAACGUUGUGCCGCGUGCCUUCCCCCACAGAAUGCCUGCUGAGCUGGCCGUGCCCGCCGGCCCCCAGCGGGUCUCCGCCCGCCUGCCUGUGGACCGAACUCUGCUCUGGGAGUGCCCUGUGCUACACUGCUUGGCACGCCGCCCCCUUGCGCCAACCCCUGCAGCCUCGGCCCGGCCAGCUGGAGCGGCCGCCAGCGCCACGUGUUGCGCCGAGCUGGGCCGUUUCGGCUCAGCAGAAGGCAGGAGCUGAUUGCCCCCCUGCCCAUGGGCCAGCCGGGGGCAGAUCUACCAUCGCUGACGGAGGCCUGUGGUCAGCCCAGGCUCCCCUACAAUAAGACCUUCUCCCCUCCCCUGCACUGGAGGAAUGAAACUGACCCCCCCGCCCCCCGGGUCUGCAGCGCUUGGCAAAGUGUAUCUGUCCCUCACGGUUGCCGCGUGAGCCCAGCGGUGCUGAACUGCCGUGGGAGAUGGUCUGCGGCGCUGCGCCUCGCCGGGAAAUGGAACCCACCUGCCACAGCGAUCAUGGCCCCAAAAGCUCGCCAAGUUCCCCACUCGGUUUCCUGGGCUCAGCCCGUGGCCAGAGGCUGGCUGAGUCGGUAACUGGAAGAGCCUGCUGGGGCCAGACCGCUGUACCUCGAGCAGUAGCAGCCCCACUCUGGUGCAGCAGGUCCUCCCAGGUUCAAGCCCUAUGCUGGGCGUGCAGCGGUCUCUUCCGGUUCAAUUGCUCUGCUACAUACUUCGGAGACUCGGGGCAGGGAGGGUGUGGUCUCUUGGGGACCCCGUACCACACGUGAUCAGCUGCAGCCAGGCUGGUCUAAUGGGCCCUGCGGGAAGGACUAAGUAGCACGUGAACGCACAUCAGCUUUAACCUGUAAUCGACGCGCUCGUCUUCUUUUUCUUCUUCGUUUUAGGACGGUUUUUGUUGUUGUACUUGACGUCUCUGCCUGCUCUCGUUUGGUACUGUUCGCCCUCUCGUUGUGUAUGACGCUGCCGUGUCUGAUGACAUGGGUGUAAUGCUCAUGUGUUAAAAACAAUUGCAUUAAAAGUGCCAUCAGUUGA